AACGUGUCGAUAUUUUUCUUUCGCCGCCAUAUUUAAUCGAAUCUUUGUGAUUCGUGUCCUUAUCUUAUUCGUGUGAUACUGUACAUAAGAGCUUUGAAUAUUGUUGAGUUUGUCAAGUGACAACGAGCCACGUCAAAGUAGAUAUCAUUUAAAAAAUGAUGGAAAUUGACUUUAUGACGAGAUAUGUUUCGCCUAUAAAUCCAGCUGUUUUUUCGCUGCUUGGAAUAGUAUUGCUUGGAAUUGGAGUAUUCUUCACAGCAUGGUUCUUCGUAUAUGAAGUUACCAGUACUAAAUUUACAAGAGAUAUAUUCAAAGAGUUACUAAUAUCUUUAGUAGCAGCUGUAUUUUCUGGAUUUGGUGUAUUAUUUUUACUCUUAUGCGUGGGCAUAUAUAUAUAAAUAUAGUUCAAUCUGUCAGUCCAGCUUUCUGACGACAUCGUUGCAUAAGAGCUCUGAGCAUAAAUUGUCUACGCGAAAGUUGUCGGACUUGUUUAAGGAAGGCAUCCAAAUCUAUAAUACCAGAUCGCAAUCCCUCUGCAAGAUAAUAUAUAGCAUCCUCUGUGGCAGCCUCUUCAGCAAAUGCGUUUAGCAUUCUGAAAAAAAUAUGUAAUUUUUAUAUAUUAAUAAAAAAAAACAAAGAAUUUAUGUAGAAA